UCCGUCUGGUCUAGACUAGCAUCAACAAAAGUGAUUUGUUUUAGGAAGGUUUUACGGCGGUUUACCACAAGAAGCGUAGAUCUAAUCUAGAUCUAUGUGUGUACUUAUCUCUAACAAAAACUUGCGCACACAAAACCUGAAAAUGCUCCGAUGUAUAGAUCUAGAUCUACAUUAUUAGGGAGGAGAUUGUUUUGUUUAAUUCGGGAUUUUUUCUACAACAUAGCCUGCUCUAGAUUCUAGAUCUAGAUAUACUAAGAUAUCAAGAUCUAGCUCCUCUAUGCGCGAGGGGAGAAGAGAAUGGGAGUGAUCCUGUCGUGCUGUCAGCACCGGACCCACACGGACUAUGACCCCAACCCUGACCCCUCCACGGGCCUGAGCCACCAAGACUGGUUCUUGUUGAGCAAAGGACGAAAAAAAGUGCUCACGAAAUCGACCAUUUCCGAUCUGUUCAGUAA